AUGCGAGUAACAUUCCUUCAUCCAGACCUGGGUAUCGGUGGUGCUGAACGCCUUAUUGUAGAUGCAGCUUUAGCACUUCAGAGAAAAGGCCAUCAAAUAAGGGUCGUCACAAAUCACUUUGACUCUGCUCAUGCGUUUAAAGAGACGCAAGGCUUAGAUAUCACGGUGAUCCAGUGGUUUCCUCGUCUUAUAUUUGGUUAUAUGUGGGCUCUGUGCGCGUACAUUAGAAUGUGCCUUGCCGCAAUAUACGUCUGCAUGUUUGUCGAGAAUGACGUUAUCAUCUGUGACCAGGUCUCGGCUGCACUCGUUGUAUUGCGUCUGUUCUCUCGUUCACGUCUCGUAUUCUACUGUCAUUUUCCAGAUAUGCUACUGACAACUAGAAAUUCAGUGUUGAAAUCUUUCUAUAGGCGGUUCCUUGAUGCCAUUGAAGAAUACUCAACUGGUCUGGCCGAUGUUAUCUGUGUGAAUAGUUCAUUUACAGCUUCUGUAGUCAAGGAAACCUUCACUACACUUCGAAGUCGGGAGCUAACAGUCUUGUACCCCACACUGAAUACUGAAUUUUUCGACAAAACUAAGGAAUGCGAAGUUUCUGAUACACUGUCAACGCCUGAACACAUUUUCACUUCACUGAACCGGUUUGAGGUUAAAAAAAAUGUGAAGCUUGCCCUUGAAGCAUUUGCGGAACUGCGCACAAUGUUGUCAGAAAAAGAGUUUUCGUCUUGCCACCUUGUUGUGGCUGGUGGAUACGACCGAUUGAACUUCGAAAACAUUACUCACUACAAUGAGCUCGUUGAUUUUGUAGAUGUUCUUGGUCUCAAAAAUAACCAAGUGACUUUCUUGCGUUCACCAACUGAUGAACAGAAGGUUUCGUUGUUACGACGCAGUCGCGCGGUGCUCUAUACACCACACAACGAGCACUUUGGUAUUGUACCAAUUGAAGCAAUGUACUUGGGAACUCCCGUGAUCGCAGUGGACUCUGGAGGUCCAAGGGAGUCUAUAAUUCACGGCGAGACAGGAUUCUUGGCAAAAUACACACCACAAGAGUUCGCAAAGUACAUGUUUACUAUCAUGCGAGACGAGAAUUUAAGGCGGAGAAUCAGCGAGAACGGACAAAAAAGAGUUCGGGAGUUUUUCGCCUUUGACGCGUUUUCCAAUCGUCUCGAUCGCAUAAUCAGAGGUCAAAGACACUGA